AUGGAAAAGGAGGAUGAAAGAAAGGAAGUAAGGUUGCACAUAGGGCAUAUCUCUAAACUGUUGGCUGCCCAAGUUCUGAAAUUGGAGACGAGACUUGGUAAGUUUGGUGAAAUAUCGAAAGGUUUGGAGCUACAUACCAAACCAAUUGAAGAUCACUUUUUUGGAUUUAUUACUUUGAAAAUAAAUACAAAAGAACUAGAGAAAAUACGAUCAGCUUUCAACGGAAUACAGUAUAUGGGGCUGAGGCUUACCUUGGAUAUUUCGAGGCCUCUGUUGCAGCAUAGUGUGUUGAAUGACUACCAGAGAUGCAAGCAGCGCACGUUAGAAAUUGAAAAGUCUAAAAUUAAUGAAACUAGAAAUAAAAGGAUAAAGGAAAGUGAUUCAAACUAUCAUCAAAACAGUAUCACGGGAAGCUUAAUAACUUCGAGUUAUCUAGCUCCCAAUGAAACUUCUUUGGGUUACUCGAAAUCUGCUCAUACAUACAACAGUCAAUCUGCAUCUACUAAAAGCAGCAACCCCCCCUCGCAUUCUCUAAAAGGCAUGAAUUCCUAUGGGACUUGGACGAAGCCUAAGCGUAGUUCUUUUGCUCAGCAGUAUUCUAAUCUCUCAGGAAGAGCAGAACUAAUAGCAGGGAGACAUCGAAGAACUUGCCGCAGUGAUCUACAUUUGAGGAAACACCAGACUUUAAGGAUUUUAAUAAACGGCGAACUAAAAGAAGUGAGGUGUUAUAAGACCAAGUUGUGGGGCGUAGAAAAGAACAAAUCGGUGAAUGACCUCACUUGGCAGUUUGAGAAGGGUGAGUGGAAAAGUGGUAAUAACCAUAUUAUUGAGAGAGCCAAAACACAGAACCCUUCUAGCCAAUUGAGCUAUCAUGAAAACGAUUCUCUUUCUGAAGACGAAGGUGAUCCCGAUGAGGAAAUGAAGAAAAAUAAAUCAAUUUUGGCUUCCAUGUUUAGAGACAAUAAAUUCGACUUACCAGCAGAGAUCGAUGAUACUAGUAAUGAGGUUGAAUUGAAUGUCAAAGGAAAGACGCAAGCGAUGAGAUAUGACUUUGAAGAUGAAUUUCAUUUUCAUGAUUCAGAUUCGAACGAUGAUUCGACCAAAGGUGAUGAAGAUGGUGAGGAUGUUAAAGGCGAAAAUCUUCUUGAUGAUUAUCUAAAAAAUGCGCCACCUCCUGUUCAAGACAUAUACUAUGAUGAAAAUGAUGAAGGUAAUGAUUUAGAAAUGAGCCCUCCUCCUAGUGCUGGAAAUAAAAUUGCCAGCCUGCCAGAAAUGAACUCAGAGUUGGGCUCCUCAAAUGAAAACGCUUCAAAAAGUGAUGCAGCCCCGUCGAAUACAGAAGCUUUGAGAUCUUUGUUUAAUGCCGCUGAUACUGCUCAAAGCGCUGGAGGCUUCAAGCUUUCCCUCUCUGAUAACGAUGACGAUAUUGAUAAUGAGCAAUCUCCCGAUUUAGAAGAACAGAAAUUGGUUAUUGAAGAGAUUCAAUCCAAAAAAGCUAAAGAAGAGGUUCUCGACCAGACAUCUAAGAAUCAUGAAUUGUUCUGGCCGCAUUUCAAGUCACCUUUCCUUUCUUCCCAGUCAAGGCUACAGCUUUUUGGAAACGCCACUGAUAAAAUACUUCUUCCUGGUGAGAAUGAAAACGAUAAGGCUAAAAUUGGUAUCAAUGAAGACGAAGCCCCCUACGAGAAAUGGUUUUGGAGCAUGAGAGGAGAAAUUACCAGAGAAUGUAAAAGACGUAAAAGAGACUUAUCAAGACUCAAUAGGAAAAAGCUGAAGCACAUUUUAUUACUGUAA